AGAGAGAACGUGACUAAACAGCCAUGACGGGAAGAGAAGAGGCAAUGGACGAAAAACCGAAAGUCAAACUUUAUCCAUCUUUCGGAAUCGACAAAUCGCGUCUUAAUGGAUCUGGAUUUAGGUCCAAAGGGUUUGCCAUCACAGACCUGCUCGGUCUAGAGUCGGAACUUCAGCCACAUCAGUCUGGUCCAUGUGCCAGCGGAGAAGGGCAGAGCGCGGGAGUCGGAGGAUUUUCUUUCCCGGGAGGCUCUUUGCCACUCGGGUUAGGCUUUCUGUGCAGUUUGGCGGCGCAGCAACCUCCCGGGGCCCCGUGUUUUCUGCCGGGCCAUAUCCCGCUCCUACAGUCACGGACAGAGAGCCACUUCAUGCAAAACUUGGAGCAGCAACGGGACGCCUAUUCUGAUGAUGACUGUCUUUCCGGUGAUCGCAAUGAUGGGAAAAACUCAGGGAACUCACAAAAAAGGAAGAAGCGAAGGCACAGGACAGUUUUUACCUCACAUCAGCUCGAGGAGCUGGAGAAAGCCUUCCACGAGGCGCACUAUCCAGAUGUUUACGCAAGAGAAAUGCUGGCUAUGAAGACAGAGCUACCAGAGGACAGAAUACAGGUAUGGUUCCAAAAUCGCCGUGCAAAGUGGAGGAAAAGGGAGAAGUGUUGGGGCCGCAGCAGUGUCAUGGCAGAAUACGGGCUGUAUGGUGCCAUGGUGCGUCACUCUAUUCCACUUCCAGAAUCCAUCAUCAACUCCGCCAAGAAUGGAAUGAUGGGCUCGUGCGCUCCCUGGCUUCUAGGUGAGCCAGCAGGAAUGCACAAAAAGUCUCUCGAAAUUACGAAAAAAGCCCCCGGCACACCUGAAUCGACGCAUUCCGAUUCGUAUUCGGACGAACACAGAGUGAAAGACAGCGACACCGCAUGGUCAACUAGAGGCAAUGCAGCAGACGACUCGGAGGACAUGGCGAUAGAUUUGUCCAGCACUUCCAAACAAGAGAGCAAAAGCACUUUGAAACGAUCACCACCUCGCACAGAAUCCAGCAGUGAUUCUGAAAACGAAAGCUAGACAUUAAAUAUGAACAAUGUGAAUGUGGACAAUUUUGACGAGCACACAUGCACACAGAGACAAAAAGGACUUCCGAUUUUUUAAAAUGUCUCUUGGUCAUGCCAACCUUUUGACAAUGGUUUUGUCUUUUAGCAUUCCUGUGUUGUUAUUAUAUGUUUUUUUGUUUUGUUGUUGUUGUUGUUGUUUCAAAUAUUUGAAUGCUAGAGAGUAUUUCUGAAUUACUUUUACUUUGAUGUGUAAAAAUGAUUAAUGUAAAAAGAGCUAAUUAAUAGAAAAUGUUGCUUUGAUGGGCAUUAUCCAUAAAUCUGAUUUUUCAAAAAGUUAUCCUAUUUUUUUUAUUUUUAUUUUUUAUUUUUUAACGUUCUUUCUUUUUUCCUCUCUUUAAGAAAAUGUAAGUCACCGGUGAUGGUGACACUUGUUAAUCAUCAUUGUGAAUAUCAGAAUAUUUUCUUGAAAGUCCAGUGUGUCUGAUGGAAAUAUGUGUGAGUUUGUGAGGGAUUUUAAAGCACUUUACCAGCUGUGAUGAUGAAUGUUUUGCACUGACAGUGUCAUUCACAGAGCAAUAUAAUACCAGCAAAAGCAAAUCCAC